AUGCAUAGCUUGCUUCACAUCGUUCAGUAUUCUGGUAUCGGAUUUGCUCAGGUGACGAAUCUCGUCAUGUUGAUUUUAAUCUAUAACAAAGCUAAAGGAUUGUUCGGAAGCUACCGAUAUCUCAUGACAGUGUUCACAGCCUAUUCUAUCGUUUACACCUGGAUCGAGAUGAUAGCACUUCCCCUCAUGUACGUCCAUGGAUCCAUGUUCAUAAUGCUCGUCGAUAGUUUUCUUCGCUACGAGAAACUCAUCGGCUUAUACGUCCUCAGCCUCUAUUGUGCCUCUUUCGCACUGUGCAUAUCUCUCCUAGCAACCCAAUUCUACUAUCGAUACGUCGCAGUUUGUCAGCCUCAUAAUCUUGGAAAAUUGAAUGGGUUUAGACUACGUCUUCUCUUCGUCCCUUGUAUAUUGUUUUUCAUUGCUUGGUUUUGUCUAGUUUUCUUUGCAAUGAAGGGUACCGAAGAAAAAGUUGAAUAUGCCAGGAAAAUUAUUCUGGAAGUUUACGAAGAAGACACUUCUAAAAUAGCAUUCAUUGCUCUUCAAUUCUGGGAUACAGACUCGGAUGGGAGCAAAACUUUCCGAGUGUCGGAUUGGUUGAGCUACUCAGGAUUCUUGUCGAUAAUUGGAUCCUGUUUUUCCGCUAUUUUGUUUUGCGCAAUAAAAAUAUAUUUCAAACUGCAGUGCUCCCAAAACGUUAUGAGCUGGAAAACUCGGGAACUACACAGACAGCUACUCAAAACUUUGAUUUUUCAGACCGCUCUUCCAUUCUUCACAAUGUACAGUGUUGUAGGUACUAUCCUAAGUCUUCCCAUUUUUGAAAUUGAUAUUGGGUUGACAGCCAACUUUCCCGGAUCUGCUGCAUGUGUAUAUCCAGCACUGGAACCACUGAUUGCCAUGUAUUUUGUGAAGGAUUUCAAGAAUGCUCUCAAAUGUAAUCGUGGAAUUAGAAGAAUUUUUCUGAAAGAAUUAGUAUUUCAGGUAAAUCUAAAGUUGAAGUCGCAGUGGCCAACAUCGAGAUGCAAAAACCUCCAUAUAACUCUGUAA